GUUCAUCGAUACCAGGUAGAUCAGCACAGGAAUUUGUUUGAUGUGCUUAAGAGAUUGGUAACAAUACCUCCUAACGUGACUGCGUUGCGAGGUGACAGUGUUUCCUUGGAGACGGUGAAUCCAUACAGCCCCAGCCAGGAUCCUGGCUGGUUACCUCUCCUCAGAGGAUGUUCAACUACCUCUCUAUGCAGGGGCAAAGAGAUGGGAAGAUAAGCUUUGACUGUAGACAAAUAGCCUUAUGCAAGAUGUGAGGAUUUUAUGCAACAGCAAGACAUGUCCGAAAGUUCCUCAGGUCUGACUACAAGCAAUCAAAAGUUCCAUAAAACCUACUCAUCCUGCUGCUCCAUCCUAAGUGAUACACACACUAUUCCACCGGUUUUAUUACAAAACAGAGGAUUCAUCAGGCAGAACUGUGAUUUUGGGCAACUUUCUCCUCAUUUACCAGCUUGUGGAUGUGUGCAUAGCUCAGCUGUGACUGGAGGAGAUCAGUCAGAGCUUCCUUCUGAUCCCUUCAAGUAUCUCAGCUGGCAGGACAUAGAGGAACAUGAUGUUCGAGGGAAUCAGCUUCAUUGUCCCCGCGUGAGAGAUGGGCCUUCAGAAGAAGAGCUAUUUUUCAGAGGAGAAGAACAUUAUUUGAAAAAAAGAAAACAAGUAACUGACACAGAGAAGUGGCAAAAGAAACAGCAAGAGAACUGGGAAAACUGUGCUGAGUUGAACCUUUCAUUUCAAGACCUGGGUGAUCUUUACCAGGUGGAAAACUUCAAAAGGGUUCUCCGAAGAUUAAUUCGGGUGGAAAAACUUUGGUUGGUGGACAAUUCUUUGACAGACCUAAGUGCCAUAAGGUUGCCAAGAUGCAGAGAACUAAAUGUCAAUAAAAAUCACUUUACGUCCUUCAAACAGCUGCCAAAGAUGCCUCAGAUUCAGCACUUAUCACUCGCUGAAAAUAACAUUAUGACACUAAGUGGAAUAUCAGACUUCAGACAGACUCCACUUGAAUCCCUUAUACUCAAGAGGAAUCCUUGUGAAUUUCAAGAAAGAUACAGACAACUUGUAUUCUCCAGUUUGCCAAAUCUGAAAAUGCUGGAUGGUAUCCCCAAACUGCCAGAGGACUGUUCGCCCCCAGAUAUCAGGUUUUUUUACAAAAUGUGUACUAUACUCUAGCACUGUAUUUUUGUAGGAUCACAGCUGUGCUAGAAUCACCUCACUUAGAAGAUGUAAUAAAUCCUAUAUAUGGAAGUUAUUAUUUUUUUCUGAUCAAAGAGAUAUUGAAGCAGAAAUAUAAUUUUUUGGAACACAUUUGUGAUACUACGGACUUCAAGUAUGGGUAAAUGACAUGUAAAUAAGACAAAAUGUGUAUACUGAGUGUCAUGAGUUUGGUGUAUUAAAAAUAUUGGGUGUCUGUCUUGUCUAGGAACUCUGUGUAGACAACUUGCAAUUAUUGACUCCCACUGCAUUUAUUUAAAAUAUGCCCAAGUUUGGAUCACCUGUCCAUUGUGGGAAAUGGUACAGGGAUUAAUAUCCUGGCUGUGAAGAAAAGAAAAAAAAAACAAAAAAAACCACAACUGAAUAAAAGAACAGGCUAUGCAGUUUCCUUAUUUAUGUCCCACCAAUGUACUAGUGCUAUUUAAUGCACUUUGUAGAUGGGAAAGGCAGAGCCACUCCAAUCAUUUUGACCCUUAGAAAUAAAAAAAAGUAAUGAAAA